ACCACCUCUAUUGCUGCGAUGGAAAAACUCAAAGAGGGUCCAAUUGAUUUAAUUCACCAAAUUAUAAUAAAACAGAAUUUUCUCACAUAUUAAUUUCUCCAUAUGCCCUUCGUCUUCUCUUCUCAGUCUUCGACCUCACAUAUAUAAUCCCAAUGGUCAUAUAAAUUUCUCUGCAACGACUUAAUCGACAAGCUUCUCUUCUUGUCCCCGAGAGAUUCAAAGCGAAAACAACUCCACACACAUACACACGCAUAUACACACACACACACACACACACAUCUAUAUAUAUAUAUAUAUGGGGAGGCACUCUUGUUGUUACGAGCAGAAACUGAGGAAAGGGCUUUGGUCUCCUGAAGAAGAUGAGAAGCUCCUUAAUCAUAUUACAAGAUAUGGGCAUGGCUGUUGGAGCUCUGUUCCUAAACUUGCAGGUUUACAGAGAUGUGGAAAGAGCUGCAGAUUGAGGUGGAUAAAUUACUUGAGACCCGAUUUGAAGAGAGGAGCUUUCUCUCGAGAAGAAGAGAACUUGAUCAUUGAGCUCCAUGCCGUCCUUGGAAACAGGUGGUCUCAGAUAGCGACCCGAUUGCCGGGAAGGACAGACAACGAGAUAAAGAAUUUCUGGAAUUCCUGUCUUAAGAAGAAGCUUAGACGAAAGGGCAUAGACCCAGUUACUCACAAACCUCUAAACGAGCUUCAAUGCAAUCAUUCCACGGAUCAACAGAAGCAGCAGGCGCGACCAGAAUCCGAACGAUCCUCUCUGUCGGGUCAACCGAAUCUCGUGGAAACUGUGGUAAAGUCAACGUUUUCGACGAACCCCCGUGAGAACACGACGGUCGCAGUACAAUCUUCUGGUCUAUGGUGGUUUCCGAUGGCGAUGACUCAAAACCCUUCUUUUGGAUUCAGUUCAAACUCGAGCUCCUCUUCCAUGGCGGUCUCAGACAUGGUCUCUUGUCUCUCCUCCAUGUCUUCCCCAACGCCGCCGCAGAGUUCGAACUUCAGUGUUCCCAACAACUGGGAACUGAACUACGGCUCUGUCCAGUCGCAGAGCAACAGCAUCUUCAGCAGCUUCUUUGGUAACACAGAAGCACAGAUGAACCCUGUGGAAGACAUCAAGUGGGCAUCUGAGUUUCUUCACUACGCAACAGAAAACCAAAGUUCUGAUGAUGUUUUCAUCACGGAAGUGAAACCAGACAUACAUGCAAUAUCCCAUCAUCAACAUGGCUCAAGUAACAGUCACUGGAGAAUAAACCAACUCCAAGAAGCUGCAGCUCAGGGUUCAGAUGACGUGUACGGUAAAGAUCUACGGAGGCUUACGAUGGCGUUUGAUCAAACGGCUUAGAUUGAAUUUGAAUUUAACACGUGUAGAAUCUUAUUCAAAAGUGGAAGGAGAAGAAAGAAGAA